GACGUUUCCAGAUCCUCCAAGGACGAAUAUGAUUUUACAAAGUUGAUAUAGGAAUUUUAUUUGCCUUAUUACAUUUAUUUGGAGUCAAGUGGUAACGACACGAAACUUAUGUAUCAACGAACCAUGAAUUACGAACAAAGGGACACUGUUACAGGGAACAAUGGCUGACUGAACGACAAUUUGUAUGAACUUGGAAUAAGUCCAGUCUAUACAAAUUGCACUAAUCUGAUAAACCAUUAAUCUAUAAGCCAAGAUUAAUAAAUACGAAUUACCGACUAUAGAAAAUAUUGUACUUUUCAAAGUUGUUAAAUAUGAUUAGUCACUUUACAAUGUUUAACAAUAGAAAUAUUACCGAAGCCUUUAAACGAUCAGAAACAAAUCCUCUUACUGCAAACGAAUAUCAGAUCUUAUCCAACAACCCUCUGUGUCGAAGAAAGGGUAAGAUCAACAAACCAUCAACAUGGCGAAGGCAAUUGACCAAAGUGCUAUUAAAAGCUCAAAGGAGACUAACAAUUGGAACAUAGGUCAUUCAGUUAAGACAGGAAAUUCUCAGAACGACGUGGGGGAAUAUGUCUCGGACAAUCCAAGCAACAAGAAGAAAAGGAAACGGAAAUCAAAAUCGAAAUCGGAAGGAAUGUUGGAUAGGUUACGAGGGAGUCUAAAAGUACGAUCAAAUAUGUUGAAAAAGGUUAAAAAAUCAAAUAAUUUGGAGUACCAGUCUGGAAAUGAUUGUCUCCAAGGUGAUACUGAUACAGAAGAAUCCCAGCUCGAAACUCUCCAUGAAGACUUUUCACUUAAUGCCCCUACUGCACCAAAAUCAUUCAACUCAACCAUGAACACCAAGUUCAAUAGGAGGCCCAGCUUGGCUGGAAGUAGACGCAUUAGUAUGAGGAGCGUAUCUGAUUCAGAUAUUACGUCAAUCGGCGAGGAUUCAGUGUUUCGACCAGAACUGCCUUUUUUAAAUAGAAAAGCAAGUAUACGUACUACUCUCAAUAAAAUGGGAUAUGAUAUUAAACCAAAAAAGGCCCCAACUGUUGAAAAGGAACUUACAAAUGAUGAAUUAGAGAUUAUUGACAGAGGUAUUGAGGACUUUACCGGACUUCGAAAACAAAGUUUAAACAGUCGGAUGAUCAUGAGAACACAGUUGAAAGGUGGUCGAAGCAAACUUGACCCCGUUAACAAAACAAAAUCUCAAGUUCUUACCUUAGAGACAAUCAACAGUGCUGACGAUCUUGAAUCAUUGAACAAACGUGCCAAAUUGCCAAAUAUAAGCCAGCAACAUACAAUGAUCAAUCAGUCAUUCGAGUCAACAUUACAAGGUCGAUUGAGUCGGCAGCAAUCUGUCCCAAAAGAAAUUGGUACUUCAUCUACCGAGUCAACGUUCACAGGUAGACUAAGUAGAAAAGAUAGCCUCGUUAGGCGAACAAGUGUCUCUAGCCUUGUGAGCAGUCAAGGUAGUGAGGAUCACAGAUAUUCAAUCGGACGACGGUCGAGUAUUAUAGGGAAAGAUCCCACAGGAGGUCGAAGGAAGAGUGUCAAAGAAGUGUUUAGCCAUGUUACAGCAGCCAAUACAAUCACCUCGAUGAUGUCACGACGGAGGGGUUCAAAAGAAUCUCAAGAUGCGAACAACCAGGAAGGAAACCUAUUAAGGCGAAGGAGUUCAGUUAGAUUAGCCAAUGUUCUUGGGUCGAUGAACAAGAAACGGAUUGAUAGAAAAGCAAGUGUAAGCGAUGGGCUUGUUGGAAUUGUUCAAACAAAACAUGAAAUGGCCAGGCGAAAACGAAGGAUCCAACUUGGAUUGAAAUUCAAAAGGAUUGCCCGCUUCUUGUUGAAGUUCCUCCGACUUUGCACAGAAUUUCACGAGCGGAUGAAAAGAGAUGAGUCAAUGAGAGAAGCAAUUCGGACUGAGAAAUAG